AGUGUGUUUUGGGAAGAAUGAAGCUCAAAGAAAUGGCAACAACUAAUCAAAUGAGAGAUUUGUCUGGUUAGAAUGAGCUGCCACAUUCCAAAGGCUCUUCCUUCUCUCUUCUUCCAAUCCCAUAACACUAAACCAGUCUCCCACAUUUAUGGCAUACACAAAACCACCACUAAACCAAACAAACUAUCGAGAAACCUCGUUUGCAAGCUUAUCGACUUCUCAAUUAUUCCUCGUCAAAAACCCAUUAUUAGUCUUGCAGGUCAAUUGUGGGCAGUAGUCUUGGCCAAUCCGACUCUACCAGCUUUGGCUGUGACCGGGGUGAAUAAUGAAGAAGACUUCAUAUGGAAGUUGAUUCAAUUGGGAAUUUCAGCUUUUAUCUAUUUCCUCAUUGUCCCACCAUUUAUAAUGAACUGGCUGAGGAUAAGAUGGUACAGGAGAGGUCUUUUGGAGAUGUACACACAAUUCAUGUUUGUUUUCUUGUUUUUUCCUGGGAUACUGCUGUGGGCGCCGUUUCUGAACUUCAGGAAGUUUCCGAGGGAUCCAACGAUGAAGUACCCUUGGUCUAAACCGGAAGAUCCUUCGAAAAUUCCAUCUGGAUUCCGUAAAUACCCUUGGGCUACUCCAGAAGAUUAUGAUGGUCUUUGAUAUAUUGUAAAAUUGUCAACAACUGUAAUAAUAAUAAUAAUACCAGAAUAUAUCAGAUACAACUUUUUGU